AUGGUCAAUAGGGGGCGUCUAUAGAGGUUUGUGGAAAAGCACCUUACAACAUGUUUCCUGAUGGAGAGAAAACGGAAGAGAUGCUGAUGAAAGCGUACGUUUCUCUGGGAUAGUUUCAUGAAUGCAGCACAUGAAACACUCGAAACCUGAGGCUGAUGUGGUGGAUGUGAUCGAGUUGAUGUCGUCAUUGCAUUCCUUCGAACAUUCGCGUUUGUUUCAUUCUGAUUUCGAGCGGUCGUGAUGCUGGAUGCUGUUUAUAGCAAAGAACGGGACUAAAACACGGAAAGACGGGAAGAAGAGGCCCUGUGUCCUGCUUUAAUCGAUAUCCACCACCGCUUCUCCAUCACUGAAGCAUGGACAGAUUAGAGGAACUUGUGAACCAGUGGAUUUGGCGGCAGGAUUUCUGGCUUCCUCCUGGCGUUACAUGGAAAGACAUUGCUGAAGGGACGACAGAUGGAAGUCGUUAUCCCGUACCCCGCGACUUGCUCAUCUCCCUGCCCUUGGCCCUGGGUUUCAUCGCACUGCGGUUUGUUUUUGAAAGGGUUGUGGCACUGCCGCUCAGCCGGUGGUUGGGCGUCCGGGACAGGGUUCGUCUGCGGGUCACACCCGUCCCGAAGCUGGAGGUGUUUUACCUGCAGAAGAAGCAGCAGCCGUCUCAGAACGAUCUGCUGGUUCUGGAGAAGCUCUGUGGACUCUCUCAGCGUCAGAUCCAGAGCUGGCUGCGUCACCGUCGACACCAGGACCGUCCCAGCAGCACCCGGAAGUUCUGUGAGGCCUCGUGGAGGUUUGUGUUUUAUCUGGUGGCCUUCUCAGCUGCUCUCGUCUCACUCAUUCAUACUCCGUGGUUUUGGGAUCAUCGGGAAUGCUGGCGCGGAUACCCAAGACAGGCCGUAACAGAAGCUCAGUUCUGGUAUUACAUCGUGGAGUUAGCCUUCUAUCUCUCGCUUCUGCUCUGCAUAUCGGUGGACAUAAAGCGCAAAGACUUCAAAGAGCAAAUCAUUCACCACAUCGCCACCAUUUUCCUCAUUGCUUUCUCGUACUGUGCGAACUAUGUGCGAGUGGGAACCCUGGUGAUGCUCGUCCACGACUCUGCUGACUUCCUGUUGGAGUCUGCCAAGAUGUUCAAUUAUGCUGGAUGGAGAAAGACCUGCGAUGCCUUGUUUGUCGUUUUCGCCGCUGUAUUCCUAGUAACUCGCCUCGUGGUUUUUCCAUACAGAAUCGUCUACACAGCUGUGGUGGAUUCGUUGGACGUCUUUCAUCCGUACCCUGGUUAUUAUUUCUUAAAUGGCCUUUUGCUGGUUUUGCAAGCUCUGCAUGUCUUCUGGGCUUGGUUGAUUCUUCGAAUGGUUCACAAAUUUAUCUUUUUAGGCAAAGUGGAACGGGAUGAACGGAGCGAUGAAGAGAGUGAAGCUGAUGAAGAAGAAGGUGGAGAAGGAGAACACACCUGGGAGCAGAAAAAGGGUGCUUUUAACACAAAAUUGGCAUCGUUAGCCAAUAACUGUGUUCUGAACAAUUUAACAAAUCAGAGGCGAAAAAUGAAUAGUAAAACUCUGAAAGCCAGAUAGUAAUGCUACUUUAUGUAUUUAAACGUGUUAAAUCAUCUCCAACUUUCUUGGCUUACCUUGUUUGCCAAGGUCCUACUGUAAUUUCAGACCGCUGGUGUUUUGGUUGCGUGAAAACAUAAUGCGUAGUCAGUAUAUUGCGUAAAAC